AUGUUCGCCAUUGUUCGUGUCACCUGGCAAUGGGACGAUCGUUGCAAGAGGGUGCCUUGGCUAAGGCAUGAACUGAGCCCAGCUCUGCUGAGAUUCACUCAUAAGCAAAGAAUGUACUUCAAGAACAUGCUUGAAGGUUAUUGUGUGGGUCUUAAGAAUCUCGUACUGUUUGUUACCAUAGAACCCGCUCCAGAGCACUUCAUGGAUUUCAUUAUUAAUCGGCUGCGCAAGCAAGAUCCAACCAAGUCUUCGAAACUUUCGUUUAUCGUGGAGGCUGACCUUUACAAUAUAGUGCAGAGGUUCAAUAUGAUACCAGGAUGGAGGCAGAAGGAUGAUGUCACUUCUUUGCAAAUGUGGCAUGAUGAGAACAACGUUGAUGAUGGUAUCAGGUGCUUCGAAUUGCCUCAAGAUUCUAGUGGCAGAGGUUUCCUGCUAGGAUUAUGCAUGAGGCUGAUUGCUCGGAAUUAUUGGAAGUAUACGAGAUAUCAACAAGUCACACAAGUGCACUUCAUCUCAAUUCUAGCAAUUGCUCAUCCGUCAUUUCGUUGA